AUGAACGCUGCUAAUCCCCACGUGCAGCGAGAUCCUGCUGAGCUGAGACCACUCAAAUCGAUGGGGACGGGGACUAGUUCCGCCAGGAAGUCCUCGAUGGAUAGAGAGAGCACUCUUGUUGACUCUGCGCGAGAUGCUUCCACACAUUCACGCACCGAUGACGCGCAGGAGAUCAAAGGCCCCAGCUCGGUACACAGCAAUAACGCGGAGGCCCAGCCCGAGUAUCCCACAUCGUGGAGGCUCGCGCUGAUUGUCAUCGGUCUCUGCCUGUCGAUCUUCUGCAUAGCUUUGGACAACACGGUUCUAGCGACGGCAAUCCCCAAGAUCACAGACCAGUUCAAGUCUCUCGACGACGUGGGCUGGUACGGCAGUGCCUACCUUCUUACCUCUUGCUGUCUGAUACUAGCGUUUGGCAAACUAUACACAUUCUAUUCGACCAAAUGGAUCUACCUGAUUGGGCUCGCGCUCUUCGAAAUCGGAUCCUUGAUCUGCGGAGCUGCUCCCAACUCGGUGGCACUGAUCCUCGGACGGGCGAUUGCUGGUCUGGGAGCUGCAGGGCUCUUCUCUGGGGCCAUGCUCAUUAUCUCGCAGACUGCGCCACUAGAAUGGAGGCCCAUCUUUGCUGGGGCUAUGACUUCGAUGUAUGGGAUCGCCAGCGUAGCGGGUCCUUUGAUGGGCGGUGCGUUUACCGACCACAUCAGCUGGCGGUGGUGCUUCUACAUUAAUCUUCCCAUUGGCGGUGCCACGAUCUUCUUCAUACUAUUUUUCUUCAAGGCGCCUCGGUCCGUGAAGAGCAACUCGGGGAUCAAGGACCAGUUAUCCCAGUUCGAUAUACCCGGGACUUGUGUCUUUCUACCGGGAAUCAUCUGCGUCCUGUUGGCACUACAAUGGGGCGGAACCACCUAUGCGUGGAGCAACGGCCGUAUAAUCGCUCUAUUGGUGCUGUUCGCAGUGCUCAUUGGCAUUUUCAUCGUGCUGCAGAUCUUCGAAAAGGAGAAAGCCACAGUGCCUCCGCGACUGAUCAAGAACCGGAACGUGUGGGGUGCUGCGUUGUUCAGCUUUUGCGUUGGUGGCUCAUUCUUCGUAUUCAUCUACUAUCUCCCCAUCUGGUUCCAAGCCAUCAAAGGCGUCAGCGCCACCAAAUCCGGCAUCAUGAACCUACCCAUGCUACUCGGCGUCGUCAUCUUCUCCAUCGUGGCCGGUGCCUGUGUCUCCACGUUCGGAUACUACACCCCAUUCAUGCUGAUCUCCCCCGCCCUCCUCGCCAUCGGCGGCGGCCUCCUCUCCACCAUGACAGUCGACUCCUCGGCCGGCCACUGGAUCGGCUACCAGGUCAUUCUAGGCAUGGGCGCCGGGUUCGGCAUGCAACAGCCCAUGAUGGCCGUGCAAGCCUCGCAAGCCAUCACGGACGUACCCAGCGCGACAGCAAUCGUCACAUUCGGACAGACGCUAGGCGGGGCACUGUUCGUGUCGGUGGCGCAAAACGUCUUCCAGAACGAGCUGCACAAGAACCUGGCCAAGGUUCCGGGCGUGGACGCGACCAGCGUGGUGCAGGCGGGGGCGACGAUGUUGCGCAAGGUGGUGUCUGCGGAUCAGUUGCCGGCGGUGUUGGAGGCGUAUAAUGGGGCCGUGACGACGACGUUCUAUGUGGGGGUGGCGAUGGGAGCGUUGUGUCUUUUCGGGGCGUUGCCGAUUGAGUGGAUUUCGGUCCGGGGGAGGAAGAUGGAGGUGGCGGGUGCUUAGUUGCGUGCUAGUGCUUGCUAUUGCUUUGCUAUUGCUUUGCUAUUGCUUU